AUGGAUAGUGUAACAAUAAAAAUAUUGUUAUUCAACAAUACGAACACCACAUGUUCAAAACCUCUUUUAUGGACUCAAGAUGUUAUUGACAAUACAAAACCUCAACUUUAUGCUUGUAUUAUUGCUUUAGUUAUUCAUUUAGUAUUUUGGCUUCAAAUUAUUUUUUGCUCACCUCUUCGACAAAGAUCACUCUUCUGGAUCUAUUCUUAUCUUAUCACUGAUAUUUUUCUUCUUAUUCGCUUUUUGUUUAGUUAUAUUGUUCAUACAACAUCUAUGGCAUGUAACCCAGCUAGAGCAUGGGUUUUAUUUACCUGCUAUUUUGAAGCAGCACUUGACAAUUAUUUCAAUAUAACUGAAGUAUAUAUUCUAUUAGCUUUGAAUAUAUGUCGGUAUAUACUAAUAGCAUACAAUCGAAAUGUAUACGAAGUCCAUAUGAAACGAUUGAUCUUGACUCAAUUUGGUAUAUAUUUAGUACCAUUUAUUGUUUUUAUUGUCGAAUUUCUUUUUGGUUGGACUCGUGUAAAAGAGCUUAUUAAUGAUGGUUGUGACGUAGUUUAUACGAAUAUCUAUAUUCAAGUAUUUAAUACAAUUUUCGGAUAUGCAUUACCAAUGUUUUUAAACGUGUUGGUGAUUUAUGCUAGUGUUCGUCAUGUUCAUUUAACAGCAACUUUACAACGGACACAACAUCAUGUUUCAGCUCGUGAAAAAUAUCAUCAUUCAUUAGUCAUUCAAUUUCUUUGUUUUUAUCUCAUUUGGGGUGGACUUUGGUCACCAUAUGUUAUUAUCUCUCAAGUGUCAUUUAGUGUUGAGAAUGUGAUGAAUACUAUUAUUCUGCUUAGUUUUAUUCAAAUAGCACUCGAUCCAAUAAUUAUUGCAGCUUUAGAUGUUCGUUUUUGGCAUGAAUGGCGAAAAGUCUGGAUUCAUAUAAAAAAUAAAAUAUUCUUCAAUCGAGCCAAUCGUAGACGAAUUCAACCAUUAACAGUGAAUCUGAAUUGA